AUCUCUUUUCCAGUCAUUCAUUUGGAACGACUUUCCACGCGGACCGUGAGUCUCGCCGAGGACUCCAAUGAGCCCAGUGGGUCAUCCGCUGGCUCCCACGAGCAGCCUGCCGCUCUUACGUUCAAGCACGCUCAGCAGCGAACAGAUAUUCUCAGCACUAAACAAUCUACAUGAGCUAUAUUUUCCUGUGUCGCUGUCGCGAGCCGUAGAAUCGCAGCUUGAACUAGGGAAAGUGCAUGGCGACAUACCAAUUGAACCGGUGGAUUCCGGUUACGCGUCUGAGGAUGGGGAUAUCGAUGGAGACGAGGACAUAGAUGGGGAGGAUUUUCUUGAUACCCUACGUUCUGAUGUCUUUGAGCGCAAUUUUGCCAUCGGCUGGCUGACAACCCUUAUCGCGCGCGCAGAUGAGUUGCCCCUAGGAGAUGAAGAUGAGCGCGAACGAGCCAUCGACAAAGCUUCUUAUGUGCUUGCCUCAUUUUCCAAGCCGAUGGAUGAAGAAGACGAAGAAGACACCGGAAUAAUACGUAAUUUCUCAUUUACGUUGGAUUUAUCUUCUGCGUCGAAGUCUCCUGAAGCCAAAAAGUCCAGUUUCGACGAUAAAAUCGCAAUCGACGUGCAACUAAACGACAUCUCGAUGACUACGCACUCCGACGUUGGGCUUCAAACCUGGGGAGCUUCUGUUGUAUUCUGCGAUCUGAUAUGUGCAUCUCCGGCACGGUUUGGAUUUACUACGCCAACACUUGGCUCGUCGCCGCGUAUUGUCGAACUCGGCGCCGGCACGGGACUAGUUAGCCUGGUGCUAGCUAAAGCCCUUCCACUCCUUGAUUUUACCAAUUCGACGGUGAUCGCGACAGAUUAUCAUCCCACUGUGCUCGCUAAUCUGGAGACUAAUGCUUCAAGAGAAGGCGUGAAAACGUGCGCUCUUGAUUGGUCUGCUCCCGUGUUGGAGACGCCCCUUGAUUCACCAGCGGAUAUACUAAUAGCCACUGAUGUAAUCUAUGAUCCGAGACACGCCCUCUGGCUGCGGGCUUGCGCCACCCGCCUUCUAGCACCUGGAGGGGUAUUCUGGUUGCUUAUGACAGUGCGCCCUAAUGGCCGCCACGGGGCAGUUAUCCACUCUGUCGAGCCGGCCUUCCAGGGGACAAGCCCUCAAACCCCAGAAGGACGACACCUUGCGAUUCUAGGCUCCGAGGAUAUAGACAGGCGUCAGGGAAUUGGGCGCGGCGAUGAGAGCGGAUAUAAACUAUUUAGAAUUGGAUGGGCUUAGAGGAAUAGACUAACAUCAUAGACGAUAGAGCUAGAGUUACUAGAGCUUAGAUCUCCCAUGAGAAUGGCGUUGGUUUGGGAUCAAGGCGUGCUCAAUACCUCGGUCAAUUUCAAUAGAAUAUUAUAUGA